CUCUCUCUCUCCUCCUCUCACAAGCUCUCUCGUGCGUGUCUCAGUCGCUCUCCGCUGCUCAGUUCAUCAUGUUGGCUGGAGAAUGCUGCGUGCGGCAGCGCUCUCUCUCCUGCCCUGGCGCGGGACGCAUCUGUCCCACCCGCCGCAGCUGAGCACUCUCACGGAGGAGGACGAGCCGGAACGGCAGCAGCAGGAGGACGAAGACGAAGGCUCCGGGGUCCAGCUGGACCCCAUGUCCCAACAGAUGACGUACCUGCUGGAGGGUCCGGAGGACAUGGUGGCGUCGUCCGGGGGGCUGAAGUCUCCAGACUGGGUGUACGAGUCCUACUACCGUAUGAGCCAGCAGCAUCCGCUCAUCGUGUUCCUGUUGCUCAUCGUCAUGGGAGCAUGCCUGGCUCUGCUCGCCGUGUUUUUUGCCUCCGGACUGACCAUGGAGGAGCACAUGGCCUUCAUCAUGACUGUGCCCACAACUCUGGCCAUUUUUCUCGCCAUCUUCAUCCUCGUCUGCAUUGAGUCGGUCUUCAAAAAGCUUCUCCGCCUCUUCUCCCUGCUCAUCUGGGGCUGUCUGGUUGCCAUGGGUUACCUCUUCAUGUUCUUCGGUGGGAUCAUCUGUCCAUGGGACCAGGUGUCGUUUUUCCUGUUUAUUGUGUUUGUGGUGUACACCAUGCUGCCGUUCUCCAUGAGGGAUGCCGUCAUCGCUAGUGUCCUCACUUCAUCCUCCCACACACUAGUGCUCAGCAUCUGGCUCUCAAACACUACGGGCCACAUGGAGGCCCUCGUCUGGCAGAAUGACACAAAGAGACCAAAGAGUUUGUCCUAUAAAAAGUUGUCUGAGGCACGAGAAUAUGUUCGAGAAUGUGAGUCAGAGAGAGCGAGUGAAUGUGGAAGGAUGUUUCCUGCAGGGGUUGUCAGGGGAUUUUUUGAUGAACUGGAAUUCGAGAAGCAUCAGCAGGAGCGUCUUUUGCUGUCCCUGCUGCCCGCACACAUUGCGAGGGUGAUGAAGGCAGAGAUCAUUCAGAGACUGAAGGGGCCUAACUUUGGGCAGGCGGAAAACGCCAACAACUUCCACAACCUCUACGUACAAAGACACACCAAUGUAAGCAUUCUGUAUGCAGACAUUGUUGGAUUCACACGUCUGGCCAGUGACUGUUCACCUGGAGAACUUGUCUACAUGCUCAAUGAGCUCUUCGGCAAAUUUGACCAGAUAGCCAAGGAUAACGACUGCAUGCGGAUCAAGAUCCUGGGCGACUGCUAUUACUGUGUGUCAGGGCUGCCAGACCCGCUGACUGAUCAUGCCAAGGACUGUGUGAAGAUGGGGCUGGACAUGUGUGAGGCCAUCAAGAAGGUGAGAGAUGCUACCGGGGUUGACAUUAACAUGCGUGUUGGAGUGCACUCUGGGAAUGUUCUCUGCGGUGUGAUCGGCCUCCAGAAAUGGCAGUAUGAUGUUUGGUCACAUGACGUCACCCUGGCCAAUCACAUGGAGGCGGGGGGUGUACCUGGACGAGUUCACAUCUCUUCUGUAACACUGGAACAUUUGAAAGGAGCGUAUCAAGUCGAGCCAGGCAACGGACAAAGCAGAGAUUCUUACCUGAAAGAGCACGGCAUCGUCACGUACCUUGUCAUCACCCCGAAGGUAGAAAAACGGAGUCCCCCGCUACCUGCUCGUCUUCGCACCACUCUGGAUGGGGUCAAGAUGAGGGCAUCUGUCCGCAUGACGCAGUACCUUGAGUCCUGGGGAGCAGCCAAACCGUUUGCUAACCUCCACCAUCGAGACAGCAUGACCAACGAGAACGGCAAGAUCAACACACACGAUGUGCCAUUGGGGCAGUACAACUUUCAACAAAGGUCUGAAAGAACAAAAUCACAGAAAAAGAGAUUUGAAGAGGAGUUGAACGAAAGAAUCAUUCGCACUAUUGAUGGCAUCAACUCACAGAAACAGUGGCUGAAGUCAGAGGACAUUCAAAGGAUAUCUCUGUUCUUUCAUAAUAAGACACUUGAAAAAGAGUACAGAGCCACAAAUCUGCCUGCCUUCAAGUACUACGUCACGUGUGCUUGUCUCAUUUUCUUCUGCAUCUUCAUAGUGCAGGUCUUAGUCUUGCCAAAAACUACUGUCCUUGGAGUUUCAUACGGAAUGGCUUUCCUGCUGCUCGCCUUGAUCCUCGCCAUUUGUUUUGCUGGUCACAUACUGCAAUGGGGCAAAGCAGCCUCCUGCACAAUGCCCUGGCUCCCUGGCUCCUCUAAAGUCAUCACCAACAAGCCCUGGGUACGACUUGCGCUCACCAUGGCAACCACUGCACUUAUCCUAGUCAUGGCUGUAUUCAAUAUGUUCUUCUUAGGCGAAGAUAGGAUGGUAGCAUCACCUCCACUCAACAUUUCCAACAACAGUAUGGAUGGUCCAGAUGGUCAAACCACAGACUCCUCAAACAACAAGUUCUACUUGCCAUAUUUCAUCUACAGCUGCAUUCUGGGAUUGAUCUCAUGCUCCGUGUUCCUGAGGAUAAACUAUGAGCUGAAGAUGAUAAUUAUGCUUGCUGCUGUAGUGGGUUAUAAUAUCAUCAUUCUUCAGACCCAUGCCUCUGUACUGGAUGAUUACAGCAUGGCUCUCUACAAGACCCAGCAAACGGACCGGCCAGGUGUUCUUAAAGAUUUGAAGACCAUGGGCUCUGUGUCAUUGUUCAUUUUCUUUGUCACUUUGCUUGUGCUGGCGAGACAGAAUGAAUAUUACUGUAGGUUAGACUUCCUGUGGAGGAACAAGUUUAAGAGGGAGUGUGAGGAGAUUGAGACCAUGGAGAACCUAAACCGGGUGCUUUUGGAAAACGUACUGCCUGCCCAUGUGGCAGAACAUUUCCUGGGGAGGAACUGGAAGAAUGAGGAUCUCUACCAUCAGUCGUAUGAUCUGGUAUGUGUGAUGUUCGCCUCCAUCCCAGACUUCAAGGAAUUUUACACAGAAUCGGAUGUUAAUAAGGAGGGAUUGGAGUGUCUCAGGCUCCUUAAUGAGAUUAUAGCAGAUUUUGAUGAGUUGCUGUCAAAACCCAAAUUCAGUGGCGUGGAGAAGAUCAAAACUAUUGGCAGCACAUACAUGGCUGCUACGGGGCUGAAUGUGACCCCUGGACCAGAGUAUGCGCAGGACCACGACCGGCAGUACAUGCAUAUUGGAACAAUGGUGGAGUUUGCGUUUGCUUUGGUGGGGAAGCUUGACGUCAUCAACAAACAUUCCUUUAAUGACUUCAAGCUGCGAGUGGGAAUAAACCAUGGCCCAGUAAUUGCAGGAGUAAUCGGAGCACAGAAACCGCAGUACGAUAUCUGGGGGAACACUGUGAAUGUAGCCAGUAGGAUGGAAAGCACAGGGGUGCUUGGGAAAAUCCAGGUCACAGAGGAGACGAGUCGGAUCUUGCAGACGUUGGGCUACAUGUGUUCCUGUCGAGGGAUUAUCAAUGUGAAGGGCAAAGGGGAUCUCAAAACCUUCUUCGUUCACACUGAGAUGACACGAUCCUUAUCACAAGGGAAUGUAAUGCCUUGAACCUCAGUCACACACUAGUCAGUCAUUGACCUGAUUAAAACGUGUACAGUUCAAUAUAGCAUUGGCCUAUUGUAGUGGAGCUCUGCAGCAUUCUGUUUGCACCACAUACACUAGAUUAUUUGCAUUGCUUUAUAAGUAAUGGAUGGCUCAGAGGCUCUGUGUAACUCAGACUUGUAAUUGUGUGUUGCUCAAUCCAUAAUUUAAAGCAGCGGAAUUUUGUAAAAUUAAAGACCGUUAACAAAGGUGGCCAUGUUUUGAUGCUAUCAUUUUGUUAUCCAUUAAAAUUUAUAUA